AGAGGAGCCUGGAAAGUGAAAGUAAACUGGUCCCGAGCAGGUGAAGCAGAAGUGAAGUCAGAGUUUGCUCACAGUCAAUGUCAGUGUUUUUCCUCUCAGACUGAAGAUGAGUAGUUAUGUGGAAGAAGAGGAGGACAGAGCAGAGUCUCCAGGGUUCAGCUGUGUGUCUCUGAAGAGUGACCGGUCCAUGGAUCCUCCUCUACACUUCAGUAAUGAACCUGGACCCUCACACACAGAGGAGAGGAAGAGGAGUCAUGUUUCUGAGGGGGGGCAGUCGUCCUGCUGUGCUUCAUGUCAGGACGUCCUGAAGGAUCCAGUCUCCACCAACUGUGGACACUGGUUCUGCAGACAGUGCAUCACCUUCUACUGGGACCAGUCAGGUUCUUCAGGAGACUCCUCCUGUUCCCAGUGUGGAAAAAGAUCCAGAACAGGAGCUGGAGCUCAGACAGCCGAUCGUGGUCUGCAGGAGGUUUCAGAUGAACAUAAGCUCAGUCUGAGGAGGACAUGUGAACAUGUGACUGAAGGAACUGAUGAAACAGGAAGUAGAACCCUCCUCAACAGGAUCUACACUGAGCUCUACAUCACAGUGGGACAGAGUGAAGAGGUUAAUACUCAACAUGAGGUGAGGCAGCUUGAGACGGCUUCCAAGAGGAAGAUCCUUCACGACACUCCCAUCAAGGUCCAGGACAUCUUUAAAGCCUCCACUGACCAGCAGAGCAGCAUCAGAGUCGUCCUGACCAACGGAGUCGCUGGCGUUGGAAAAACCUUCUCGGUGCAGAAGUUCACUCUGGACUGGGCAGAGGGUUUAGAAAACCCGGAUGUGGAUCUGCUGACUGUGCUUUCGUUCAGGGAGCUGAACCUGGUGAAGGACCAGCAGCACAGUCUCCUCACGCUGCUCUGUGUUUUCCAUCCAGCGUUACAGAAGCUCACAGCAGAGACGCUCGCUGUCUGUAAACCUUUGUUCAUCUUUGACGGCCUGGAUGAAAGCCGACUUUCUCUGGACUUCAACCACAGGGAGCUCCUGUCUGAUGUCACACAGAGGUCAUCAGUCAACGUGCUGCUGACAAACCUCAUUCGGGGGAAUCUGCUUCCCUCGGCUCACGUCUGGAUAACCUCCAGACCUGCGGCGGCCAAUCAGAUCCCUCCAACAUGUGUUGACAGGGUCACAGAAGUACGAGGCUUCACUGACGCCCAGAAGGAGGAGUACUUCAGGAGGAGAUUCAGUGAUGAAGAGCUGUGCAGCAGAAUCAUUUCACACAUCAAGACGUCCAGGAGCCUCCACAUCAUGUGUCAAAUCCCAGUCUUCUGCUGGAUCAGUGCUACAGUUCUGGAGCACAUGUUGACCACAGACCAGAGAGGAGAGCUGCCCAAGACCCUGACUGACCUGUACUCACACUUCCUGCUGGUUCAGACAAAGAGGAAGAACAUCAAGUACGGUGAGGGACAUGAGACGACUCCACAGCAGCUGACUGAGGCUGACAGGGACGUUCUUCUGAAGCUUGGGAGGCUGGCACUUAAACAUCUGGAGGAAGGAAACAUCAUGUUCUACCAAGAAGACCUGGAGCAGUGUGGUCUUAAUGUCACAGAGGCCUCAGUGUACUCAGGAGUUUGCACUGAGAUCUUCAGAGAAGAGUGUGUGAUCUUCCAGAAAUCAGUCUACUGCUUUGUUCAUCUGAGCGUUCAGGAGUUUCUGGCUGCAGUCUACAUGUUCCACUGUUACACCGAGAGGAACACAGAAGAACUUGACAACUUCUUGAGAACAUAUAGGAACACAAGGAGAACCUCCUCCUUGGAUGACCUCCUGAAGAGAACCAUGGAGAAAUCCCUCACCAGUACAAAUGGUCAUCUGGACCUGUUUGUCCGCUUCCUUCACGGCCUCAGUCUGGAGUCCAACCAGAGAGUCUUAGGAGGCCUGCUGGGUCAGACAGAGAACAAUCCAAAGAUCCUCCAGAGAAUCAUCAACAACCUGAAGGAGAUGGAGAGUGAUGAGAUUUCUCCUGACAGAAGCAUCAACAUCUUCCACUGUCUGACUGAGACGAAAGACCACUCAGUUCAUCAGGAGAUGCAACAGUUCCUGACGUCAGAGAACAAAUCAAUGAAGAAACUCUCUGAGAUCCACUGCUCAGCUCUGGCCUACAUGUUGCAGAUGUCAGAGGAGGUUCUGGAUGAGUUGGACCUGGUGAAGUUCAGGACAUCAGACCAGGGUCGACUGAGACUGAUCCCAGCUGUGAGGAACUGCAGGAAGGCUAUACUCAUUGGUUGUGGAAUCUCAGAGACUCACUGUGAAGUUGUGGCCUCAGCUCUGAAGUCAGACUCCUCACAUCUGAGAGAACUGGAUCUAAGAGAAAACAAGCUGCAGGAUUCAGGAGUGAAGCUGCUGUGUUCUGGACUGGAGAGUCCAAACUGUCGACUGGAGACUCUGAGGUUGUGGGACUGCAGUCUGUCAGAGAGCAGCUGUUCUUCUCUGGCUUCAGCUCUGAGGUCAAAUCCCUCUCAUCUGAGAGAACUGGAUCUGAGUCUCAACAGGCUGCAGGACUCAGGAGUGAAGGAGCUGUGUGGUUUUCUUCAGAGUCCAACCUGUCGACUGGAGACUCUGAGGUUGCAAAGCUGUAGUCUGUCAGAGAUCAGCUGUUCUUCUCUGGCUUCAGCUCUGAGGUCAAACCCCUCUCAUCUGAGAGAACUGGGUCUGAGUGACAAUGACCUGCAGGACUCAGCAGUGAAGGAGCUGUGUGGUUUUCUACAGAGUCCAACCUGUCGACUGGAGACUCUGAGGUUGUAUCACUGCAGACUGUCAGAGAUCAGCUGUUCUUCUCUGGCUUCAGCUCUGAGGUCAAAUCCCUCUCAUCUGAGAGAACUGGAUCUGAGAUACAACGACCUGCAGGACUCAGCAGUGAAGGAGCUGCUUGAUCUGGAGGAGAGUCCAACCUGUAGACUGGAGACUGUGAGUCCCGCGAAGCUCGUUCACUUUCAACCAGCAGGAAACUCUUAAAAUAUGAAGAGUUCUAAACAGAGUUUUGUGGAUUUGAUGCAGCCGCAGCUCCUCUGGUUCAGGAAGCAGAGGAUCAUGGGUAAUCAAGAAGCCAUCCAUUCCGCUUUGAGUGUGAUGUAUCGCCGCCAAUUACAGCAAAACCAGCAAUCUUUGCUUAUGUCUCACUUUGGCCCCGACAGAUCGGACCUGUUUGUUUUGGUGCAUUUUAAACGAUUUUGUGAGAAGGUUUGUCCAUAAACACUACUAUCAAAUACAAUAAAGUAAAGAAAUCCAGGAAGUUUCAUUCAAUCUAUGUAGCGAGGAUUCACACGAUCAUCGCUCUCACAUGCCACAGAUUCCGAGUGAGAGGUGCACGACUAAAGAGUGAGAGCGCAACUGCAGCUUGAAGUAUAAACAUUAAUGACAUCAUAUAUGACAGGACAUCCCAGUCUAUAUACAGUGACUGUUGUGUGGUGCACACUCUCCUUAAAUGGAAGAAUAAGGGAAGUUUAAAUCAACGUCUGGUUGAUUCAGUUGAUCUCUAACUCACCCAGAACAUCUCAAUCUCUCCAGACUCAUCCUGUCACCAAAACACCAGAUGAACUCAGUCAGCUUCCUGAAGACAGGUCCAUGGGUUAUUAGUGAGUAGAGAUGUCAGAGGUUUCCACCACAGUGUCCUCAGAGACAGUGUGUGUCCUCAGAGACAGUGUGUGUCCUCAGUCAGUUUGUUCUCCCCUGAUUUUUAUUAUAGAACAGUUUGAUCCUCGUGGUAAAAUAUGAGGCUCUGCUGUCAAACUGACCAUGUCUUUGAUUGGUCAUACGCAGAAAACCCUGCCCCUUUUCUGUGCACAUGCUCAGAUCUUGAGGAAAACCUGAGUGAACUUAACGAGUUGAUAACCAGCGUCAUGUGACCACUGAUACUGACUGUGUUGGUCAGGUUCAGUUGAGCUGAUCUCAGAAAGAUCUCCUGGACAUGUUGAAGUGGCUUCGUAGUUCAGGCCUCAGUGUUUCUUCAGUGAAGCUGUGAGAGGUCAAUGAGGACAGACGUCAGGAUUGGACAGAGACACAGAGAGACAACAGUCGGCCAAUCAGACGAGCCAGAAGCUGCUUUUGAUCAUUUGAUUGAGUUGAUGUGAAGACAACAGUUGUUGUUGUUUUCAUGUGAACAGGAAAUGAAGCUGGACCACAGCUGACAGCCUCACCCUGCUACUCUUUCUACUGUUUGAGUUGCAUCUGUAAACAAUGAUGUCUUCUUCUCUCUACAGAUUGAUUGAUCUCUGUAUAGAGGCUGAAGCAGCAGCAGCUUAUGUGUAGAGCAGCUCUGACUGUGCCUUGUUACUGGGAAGCAGAGAGGAGACGGAGCUCCAGAAGAAUCAGAGGAGGAGCACAGCUCUGAGAUCAGCUCCACUGUCACACAGUGUCCAUUCCACCAUCCUCCCUGUGUGUUCCUGUGGAUGUGACACAGCUUCAUCAGUGGAGCUGCUGCUGCUCUGACCUUUGACUCAGUGUCUACAAACACACUCACGAAAUAUCAAAACGCUGGACUUAAAAAUGGGACGUUUUCAUUUCUGCAUCAGGUGCAGAGCGGUGGUUGCUUGUCUACUCUUUGACCCACAGGUGGCGAUGUAGUAUAACAGCAGAACAUCCCAGUCAAAGACUUUAUAUUCAGUCUAUGAGUCAAACACAUGGAUCAUUUCCUCUGUGACGAACCGGUUAUAACAAAAAGUAAAAGAAAAGUAAUGUUGUCUCUACAUAUCUUGCUUUAAUGCACAAUAAACAUCCUUCCACCGAC